AUGGAGGCGUUAACAGGAGUAAUGAAAAAAGCAUGCGAUAUCGGAGUGUUUGAAGGAUUACGUCUAUCACCAAAUGGAGCUCAAAUAUCACAUUUCCUUUAUGCAGAUGAUGUGAUUUUUGUUGGUGAGUGGUCCUUUAAUAAUUUAUUAAAUUUGAAGCGCAUACUUAGAUGUUUUUAUUUAAGUUUGGGGCUAAAAGUAAAUUUGAAAAAGAGUAGUCUUUAUGGGGUCGGAUUAGAAGAUAACCCGGUUCAACUAAUGGCGAAUAUGACGGGGUGCGUAAGAGGAUCGUUUCCGUUUAAAUAUUUGGGACUUCAAGUUGGGGCUAACAUGAAUUUGAUCAAGAAUUGGGACCUGGUGGUGGAAACAUUUCAAAAGAGAUUGGCUCUUUGGAAGGCAAAAACUAUUUCUUUUGGGGGUCGCAUUACUUUGGUGAAUUUUGUUCUUAAUGCUCUACCUACAUACUAUUUUUCUCUAUUUAAAGCGCCAUUGGGGGUGAUAAAAAAGUUAGAAAAGAUAUGA